GCGUUCAGCCUUGCUUCCUGCCGUUUAGGCAGCCGCCAUCAUGGUGCGGAAACUUAAGUUCCACGAGCAGAAGCUGCUGAAGCAGGUGGACUUCUUGAACUGGGAGGUUACCGACCACAACCUGCACGAGCUGCGCGUGUUGCGGCGUUAUCGGCUGCAGCGGCGCGAAGACUACACGCGCUACAACCAACUGAGCCGUGCUGUGCGCGAGCUGGCGCGGCGCCUGCGCGACCUGCCCGAGCGCGACCCGUUUCGCGUGCGUGCCUCGGCCGCGCUACUGGACAAGCUGUAUGCUCUCGGCCUGGUGCCCACGCGCGGCUCCCUGGAGCUCUGCGACUUCGUCACAGCCUCGUCCUUCUGCCGCCGCCGCCUGCCCACCGUGCUCCUUAAGCUGCGCAUGGCGCAGCAUCUCCAGGCCGCCGUGGCCUUCGUGGAGCAGGGCCACGUGCGCGUGGGCCCCGACGUGGUCACGGACCCCGCCUUCCUUGUCACGCGCAGCAUGGAGGACUUCGUCACUUGGGUUGACUCCUCUAAGAUCAAGCGGCACGUGUUGGAGUACAAUGAGGAGCGCGAUGACUUCGAUCUGGAGGCCUAGCGGUCUUACCCCCCGCGGCUGCGUUUUAUGGAUGGGGAGGCUGAGAUCUGAUGCUUGUGAUUCUGUGGAGGCGCUGUUCCCAAGAGUGUAUCAGCCGCUCGUCGGUUCUUAAGAACUUGGCUCCUCACCUGCAAGCCACGCACAGAGCCCAAGGGUACGCCUCUGUUUUCCACGAAAUUUUCUUAGCUCUUGGACUGUUGAUAGUUAAAUGACUGCCUUAAAGGACAAUGGGAAGCGGUUUUGUGCUGCGCUGGAGAAUUGUUAGGUUCCUGUGCCUGAAACGUAGUGUAAAAGCAAGAACUAUGUGCCCCCCACCCCCAGCUUUCCCUUUAUUUUGCAGCAGGACAGUUUGGUUCAAUUUAUUUAACUGGAAUUCUUGCUGUUGUUCAUGAUUAAGCUGUGUACAGACGAUGAGAGUUUGCUCUCAAGUUUUCAUAAAAUGGAUGAGACUUUAGUGUGCAGGGUCACCUCCCUUAUUUAAAGGAAUGCUUUCUUAAUGCCAAUAAAUGGCCCAACUGCUUUGUAAGUGCAAA